GCUUAUCUGCCCAUUCAUUCCUUACAGUAAGACAGAGUCUUCAACAGGUCGGUUACUAACAACUUUGGCGGCAUCAUAUCACUCUCUAGUUUCCUUUACGCUGCCGCCGACCAUACCUAUUUAUAACUAUGACCCCCGCAUCUUUAGAUAGUCUUCCGAAAUUCCAACCGACCACUCCAUUGUUUCUUCGACUCAUCCCCUGCAUUGCGAUUCUUGGUUCUGUUCUCACACCACGGACCCUCUCAAGUAGAUGCGCUCAUUUCCUUGUCAUAUUCCCUCCCUCCUCACUGAUUGGCCGAUUAAGAUUCCUCCUCCAAAUUCUUCUCUUCUUCUCCGUUCUCAUCUACCCAUUCGGGGGUAUUUUCGGUAUUGCAAGAGACCUUUAUUCUUUCACUUAUCAGCAGCCGACUUUCUGGCGGUUGUCGGUUUGUUCUUUUAUUCGACCAAAGUUGCUCUCCCCCAAUAGGAAAAUGCGAUUGCCGCGUUCAUUCCAGUUGGAAAGCUUCUGCCAUUUUUGGUUGGGCCUUUGAUUUACUUCGUGGAGAUUACUCAUCUCCCACCCCCCGCUCAUCACUUUAUUGUUCUUUCAGUCGUUUUGGGAUGACUCUGUUUGAUUGAGCUCUCUCACUCCAGCAUUCAUUAUUUCACCUGAGAAGCAUUUUUCCUUUUUGCCUUGAACGAUACUAAAUCGAGAACAUUGGAGUUUUGCCCAUUUAAAGUCGGUUUCGUCACUGGGGUUACUUGAUCUGAUUCAAAAAUGGCUGCCGUGGGAGUCUCAUCUGCUAAUUCACACAACCUUUCCGCGGGCAUUACUGCAGCCUUGGCUUCAGCUUUGCUUGAGUGGUUGCUGAUCUCUUUCCUGUUCGUUGAUGCUGUCUUUUCAUUCAUUAUUACGAAAUUCGCUGGCCACUGCAAAUUGCAAAUACCGUGCCUGUUGUGCUCGAGGCUUGAUCAUGUGUUAGGCAAGGAGAAAAAAGGGUACUAUUGGGACUUGAUUUGCAGAGGUCAUAAGCUGGAGAUUUCUGCCUUAAUUCUUUGUUGUGCACACGACAAGCUUGUGAAUGUUCAUGGGAUGUGUGAAGAUUGUCUAUUCUCCUUCGCUAAAGUCAACAAGUCCAGUUCUGAAAAUUACCAGUUAUUGUUAGGUAAAUUGGGAGAGGGAUCUAAGACCCCGCAUGAGCAGGAUUGGUUAUUGGAUGACCAUAAGAUUUCUCUUUCAACAACAAAACAAUGUUCUUGUUGCGAUGAGCCAAGGGUCUCUUGGGGCAAUGAUCCAAGGUUGGUGUUGACCAAGUCAGUCAGGUCUGAGGCUACUGAAUUUGAUAUUCCAUCAUCAUCAGGUGAUGUUGGAAUCGAUCUUCAUGAGAAGAGGAGAUCAGAACCGCGUUUAUCGGUGAGAGCAACUCAUCUGAGAAGAAUUAGCCAGAUUGAUCCUUUGUCUCAUGUCGGGUACACAGAACUGAAGAUCACUUCUGAUAGUGAGUCUGACGUUGCUUUAUCUGAUGAUGAUGAUGUCAUAAGCACCCCAAUUCGUGAAACACAUGAUACGAACGAAGAUAUAAAUGUUCAAUGUGUACAGAGGGAGCCUCAUGUUAUUGACUUAGAUGAAGACUUGGCCUCUGAAAAACCCUUAGGCUCACCUUCUCCGUGUAAACCGUCAAUAGAAUCAGAACCAGGGAUGCAUUCAGGAUAUACAGAUACUCACGGAAGUAAAUCUGCAGCACCAGUCACCGUGGAAGCAUCAAAAGAAACCUGUGAUGAUUUGACAACUUGUAAGGUGGGACUGACAUCUGAGCAACGAUCUACCAUAGGGGAUGAGGAAAUCAUCAAGCCAGACAUUAACCGAACAACAUCUGAAGCAGGUCUUGUUUUAGGCGAGAAUGGUCAGCAAUAUCCCAAUUUACUGGAUCUCGGUGAUGCUUAUAAACUAGCCGUAAGUAAUAGAGGAAGGCAGUUAUCAGGCAUGCUUGCAGAGCAAUGGCUUGGGAAGGAUUCUUCAAGAAUCAGUGAAGAUUUAAAGAUAUUAUUGUCACAAUUAUCUGCCGCUCGAGGAACUGACCUAUCAGCAAAUGAUUUGAGUCCUAGAUUGUCUGUAAAUAGUGAUGAAGCGAAGACUUCUGAUGCAUCCAACUCUGCUGGAAUGCAGAUACUUCAAAAGAGGGUCUCACUUGAGAGAAAUGAGUCUGGUCUGUCCCUGGAUGGAAGCAUUGUCAGUGAAAUUGAAGGUGAAAGUGCCGUUGACAGGUUAAAGAGGCAAGUUGAUCAUGACAGGAAACUUAUGAGUGCUCUGUAUAAAGAGCUGGAGGAAGAAAGAAAUGCUUCUGCAGUUGCUGCAACUCAAGCGUUAGCCAUGAUAACUAGGCUGCAGGAAGAAAAGGCAACACUGCAUAUGGAAGCUUUGCAAUGCCUAAGGAUGAUGGAAGAGCAGUCAGAGUAUGAGACAGAAGCUUUGCAAAAAGCUAACAACCUUCUUGCUGAGAAGGGGAGAGAGCUGGAGGACUUGGAAGCAGAGCUUGAGUAUUUUAGGAAGAAAUAUCCUGAUGAGUCAACAUCGCAGCACUUGACUCAAACAAGCUCUGAUAUGGAGGUGAAAGAUAUUGGUUUGGAUCAGCCGCAAUCUUCUCGUGCGGAAAACAGAGAAAGCAUCCAUAGUAUCUCAGACAAAGCUGCAGCGCUAAACAUAGCUUUGGAGGAAAAGAAUAUUGACCCUGUGAAAAAUCCACAAUCGGAGUUUGAUAAUGAAAGAUUAUAUGUUUUACAGGAGUUGAAGAAGUUGGAGACGCAAGUGUAUGGUUUCAUAAAUGUCCAUCGAUCAGCGCACAAUAUCGUAAAUUCUGAAUAUCAAGAAAAUUGUGGGAAGUUUGUCAAUAAUCAACCAAUGCAAGAUUCUGUUUCUUCAUCUGAGAAACCUCCAGUAUGCGACGAAAAUGGCAGGCUUGAGUAUGAUGUGAUUGGCAGGUUGCGAGUUCUUGAGGCAGACCAGCGUUUCCUUGAGCAUACUAUCAACAUACUGAGGAACAGGGAGGAAGGACUUGAGUUAUUACGAGAAAUAGCUGAUCGUCUGCAAGAAUUGCGUAAGAUUGGGAUUAGAGAAAUAGAUCAACCUGAUAUUUCAGGCUGUAUUUUAUAGGAAGAUGGAAGCAGGAAAAUCAAUGCUAGUGCGCUGGGACUAGGAGGGAGGUACAUUGUGCUAUAGUGAACCAGGAUUCCUAGACUCGUUGCAAGUGUACAGUAAUUAUAACCCUAUAAACCCUGUACCCUGCUUUUUUGUUGGGGUUCGUUUCAUUUUGCAGAGUAGGCAAGCUUUUCCAUGAGCCUAUUUCUUUUUUUUUUUUUUUUUGGGUCAGAUUCCAUGAGCCUAUUUCAUUUGCAUCGCAUUUGAGUUGUUUGUUCAAUAACCAGAUUUUGGAUUGUCAGAGGAAUGAGUUAUUGGAAUAUGUAUUUCGUGUCGUCUUGCAUCUAUUUUGUAUAUUCAGAAAACUGCAGGUAGACGGGUUUUUGUACUAUAUUCGCUGUAAUUGCAUGCAUGACGAUGACGCCUCAGUUUUAUGCAUUGAUGUUUUCAUUAAGAGGAGUUUUUCAGGCGUUUGCUUCAAGCGUGUGGGGAUAUGGAAUAUCAAAAUAGCAGUAGUUAUCUUCA